AUGAACACAACACAAGAAUACCAGCAAGGGGCUGCCAUUGCGGCCCCUCAGAAGGAGCUAGCAAAUGCUGCUCCUGAUUUCGCUUUUAACGAUGAACCUGUCUUCACCAUCGAUGAUGACAUCCUUCUCACUUCUGGACCACAAGUAGGCUCGGCAACAGUCGCAGGCACUGCUGAUGACUUUUUCAGCAGCCCUGAAUGGACCGAUCCCUCGCCUGCUUUGACAACAUCUAUGUCUUUCAACUUGGACUCGUGCGAUACGAGCCCACUCUUGACAGAUAUCAAUGAGGCUCCAGAAUUGGCCGGAAUGCCAUUGUUCGGUGAUCAAGUACAAUUCCCACUAUUUUCAACACCCUUGCAAGAGGAUGCAGCAUACACCUCCAAUGGUGAUGUGCAACAACAGAAUGCUUCCAACAAACGUUCUCCGCAAAUGGCUUUCAGUAGGGUCAAGGACACCAAUGAACAUUCCGCUUUGCUACUUCUUCGUGCCUUCAACAGUACUGCUGUUGCCAAUGCCGAGAAAUCUCCUUUGAGCGCAGUGGCUGCUGCUGAGAAGCAUCAAUCAAACGGUUUCGCUUCUCCAGCUGCCAUCCUCAGCCCCCUUCCACCUACUAUUGCAACACCAAGUACACCUUCUCUCGAAGCACCUUUGCGCGGUACCAAGCGUAGGUUGGACAGCACGGAUUUGUUACCGAUCGAUGCACCUAUUCAAAGUCGUACCUACAAGACCCCUUCGGCCACUUCACGGAAGGAUCUUGUGGACGCCGAGCCAUCCACACCUGAUUUGAGCAACACUUCUGACCCAACGGCAGCAAAGCGAUUGAGCAACACAUUGGCCGCUCGUAGAAGCAGACAUCGUAAAGCGGAAGAAUUGAAGCAACUUCACGAUACCAUUGAAGAUCUUACGAGUCAAAUGGAGAUGUGGAAGCGUCGUUGUCUUCGCGCUGAACAAGAGCGUGAUCAAGCUUUCGGCACUUCUGCCUGA